GGUCAGACUACUGACUGCUUACUCACAUUUGAACACAUAGUGUACGGUGCUCUGUUACUGAUACAAGAGAGAGACUAAUUACUACCCAGCUUUUCUUACUGCUGGUGCAUAAGUGGGCAAGAGCACAAGGUGAUAGAGGGACAAAUCUCAGGAGAAUGGGAAUAGAGGUGAACACCAAUGGGGAAAACAGGCGUGAUGGGAAAGGUAAGCAAACAAAGAGGCUAGAAAAUAUGGAUGUGGGUAGCAGAAGUAUUCUGAAGGUGUCCAGAUAACCAAACAGACAAGGUCAAAAUGUGGCCUUUGCCCUAAGGCACAGGGCUGAUCCAGGGGUCAGAUCCUUAGGAGGGAACUAAUGGUUUGCUUGAGUGGAUGGAAUUGUGCUUGAAUCUGGGAAACAUCAAUGGUCACAGUGUCCUUGCGGAUCCUCCCACUGUAAGACCCAACAUAGAACAUCUGCCCAACCCAGAUGUACCACAACUCCCACCUGGACCAGCCAACAUGGGCAAUGGUCAGGGUCCAACAAUAUUUGGAAGGCACUACAUUGAGGAAGACACCAAUUUGCAGACAAUCAAGAUUAGCUACAAAAAGUAUAGGGCAGUGCAUUUCUCUGACAAGCUACACUUUCCCUUUUGAUUAUUAUAAUGCCACCUCUUGUCUCCGUGAAAAGGGUCUGCUUUUGUGCCAUAUGUGACAGUUUGAAAAGGACAUUUCAUUCUCAUUCAUCUCUGUCCCUUUCUCUCCAUUAUAGCUUUUUUAAAUCACCUAAAGGAUUCAAGUGGUUGUUCAGCUGUUUGGUGACAACAAAAAUCCGCUGUCUGCACUUUCAUGGAUUAUAGCAUUGCAUAAUCUUUUUCUCUUUUUUUCAAAAGAGAGAGAGAGUUUGCCUAACUGCUCUCUAAUCUUUCUUUGUAUUUAUUCCCACUAAUACUCUCUCUUGGGGUAAAAUUAUGAAAUAGUAUUCAGAAAGAACAUUCCAUUGCUCCUCUUUCUGAAGGGUGCUUUCUGUAUGGAGCACAAAUGCCAAAAGCAAGCAUAGUCUUAAGAACAGCAGAACAGAAAUGAAACAUAUGCAGAGGUUCUCACAUAAACGUUUAAAUUUUAUUUUAUUUGAUUGAUUGAUUAAUUGAUUGAUUGAAUUUAUAUACCACCCUAUACCCAGAGAUCUUGUCUUAAAGAUCUAAGUAUUUUGAAACUACUACUGCAGAAACAUGAACAGGGGACCUGAAUGCAUGACUAUUUGAUUCCUCUCAGUCUACCCAGAUCUUCCUAGAUAGAUUGUGGAGUGAAAUGCACAGGGCAAGGAGUCAACCAGAAUGCAGAUCAUGAUCUACACUCUAAAUCUAAAUCUUUUGGAGAUUUACCAUAGAUUGUCAAGGAUUUCUGACACCCAAUUGUUUAACAAUUGCAAUAACAAACCAACACCUGCUAUCUAAAUUAAGCUCAUGAAGUGAAGGAACCUAAUCAGGAGUAGUCUUUUGUGUGUGAUUUAGCUGAGAUUCCUGCAUUGCAGGGGGUGGGACUAGAUGACCCUCAGGGUCCCUUCCAGCUCUACAAUAAUAUGAUUCUAUGAAUCAGAGCAGCCUGGCACAGUGCUAUUGCAGCAUCUAAUUCCCCUUGCUAAUGUCCCUCACCCACAGAAAUUGUUUGCUUAGGUUCCAGUGAACUGGAUCUGUGACCUUUGAUAUGUGCAUUCUCAAAAUAAACUGGGAGGAGGGGUAAUUCAUAAAAUUCACCCUCUAUUAGUUCAGUUUAGAUUUUUUAAAACAUUGACAGGGGAGGGGAAAGAAGAGCAACUCCUAUGCUUUCAAAGUGUUGGUGCUGACCUUUAAAGCCCUAAAUGGUCUUGACCCAGUAUACUUGAAGGAGCGUCUCCACCCCCAUCAUUGUGCCCAGACACCGAGGUCCCGCUCUGAGAGCCUUCUGGCGGUUCCCUCACUACGAGAAGUGAAGCUACAGGGAACCAGGCAGAGGGCCUUCUCGGUAGUGGCCCCUGCCCUGUGGAACGCCCUCCCAACAGAUGUCAAGGAAAUAAACAACUAUCUGACUUUUAGAAGACACCAGAAGGCAGCCCUGUAUAGGGAGGUUUUUAAUGUUUUAUCUUUUACCGCAGCAUUAUUAUUAUUAUUAUUAUUAUUAUUAUUAUUAUUAUUAUUUUCUGUUGAGAGCCGCCCAGAGAUGUUGGGGAAACCCAACCAGAUGGGUGGAGUAUAAAUAAAAAUUAAUUUAUUAUUAUUAUUAUUAUUAUUAUUAUUACUCAGACCUGACCUGUUUCAGGAUUACCCUUCCACUGGGACAAAAUAAUACAUUUUCAGGUGAAAUAAAUAUAAAACAAAAUACCAUAUUAACUUAUUACAAAGAUUUUUUACAGAAACGUAUGUCAGAACAAAAACUGUAUCUAACAAGCCAAAUUAAAAACAGAGCAAACAUCUAUACAACAAUCCCUGAAACUAAUGAUAGGAGGUGAUCUUAAAAACUCUUUAAAAUAAUAUCUAGAUUGUAGAUGGUCAUGAUAUAGCCACAUAGCUAUACAAUGGAACCUUGGAAGCGGAACACCUUUGAACUCGAACGUUUUGGCUCCCGAACGAUAGAAAACCGGAAGUGAUUGUUCCGAUUUCCAAAUGAUUUUUGGAAGCUGAACAUCCGGCACAGCUUCCACAGCUUCUGAUUGGCUGCAGGACACUCCUGCAGCCAAUCGGAAGCCAUGUUUUCGAACUGUUCCGGGAGUUUAACGGUCUCCCAGAACGGAUUAAAUUUGAAAACCAAGGUAUGACUGUAUAUGAAAGAAUGCACAAAGAUGAGAAAAUAAUCAUCUAGCAGCUUCUGUCAAGUGCAUAAACCACCAUAGUAACACUUACACUGGGGAAGAAUUUUUUUGUUGCAUUGAACACCUGCAGUUGUUCUAACCUAAUUUCGAUGUGCUGAUUUCAUAUCUGAAGUUGGUUUUGUUCUGUAAGCUCUAGUUUUUUUGCAAUUCAUGUUUUUCACUUUUCACCAUAAUCUUUGUUUUUCACAAUGCAAGAAUUCAAUAUUUAAUUAAACAUAUAGCCAAAGUAGUGCAAUAUGAGUAUAAAUGUACGUGACUUAUAAAGCACUGAACAUAACAUGUAUAGCAUUGAAAAUGACAUGUAUAUCUAUGUACAGUUAGAGGUAUGCAAAAAAAUGUAUAUUCCCUUAGGAUACACAGUAUACUGGGGAACAAUUUUUUUCCCAUUUUCUUUUGCAUGAGAUUUUUCAACUGUUCUUAUAUGUUCUUUCAAUGCUGGUUUCAAAUCUGAAAUCGAUUUUUGUGUACAUGCUAUAGUUAUCUUUCAAUUUCCAGCUUUUGCCGAUAUGUCAUAUUUACACUGGGGAUAAGUGGACACUGACACGUUGAUCUACCCUAACCACAUGGUAAUUAUUGUUUUGCAAACUUAAUUUUUCUUUAUUCUUACAGUUUUGUAACCUAAAUAUUUAUAUUUUUCAGAUCGGACCAAGGCUUCUUCAAGCAGACAAAAAUGUGUAAACAAGCCUGAUGCCUUUUGUUAUAUAUGUGGCUGCUACGGACUUCCUCGUCAAAGACACAAUAUGGGGGGGGGGGAGAGAAGUGGGGGGGGGGAAGCAUGCCCAUGGUUUGCUGGAGCAAGAGUGUGAUGAUGCCAGAAUAGGCACAGCAUGUUGACCUAAGCUGUGUGUGCUGAGUUUCAGUUUUCUGGGUCAUAUGGAAAGAUCUGAACCACUUUGGAGGCUGACUUUGAGUAUCCUGCUUUGAAGAAGAGGUACAACAAUGUUUCAUUCUCAGAUUUAUCCAGUAAGCAGGAUGUCCUGAGCUACAUGUAGCCACAUGUCAUUGUUCUAGCUCAUUAUGAAGUAUCCUAACUGUUUCAAUAUCCCAGGCCAGCUGGCCUAAGUGUUUUGGAGUUUAGUGUUAGUCCAGAGUCCUUCUAUUCUAGGUCCCUAAGUGACACAUGAAUGCAUUUGCUCUGAACACAUACUUCACUUAAUUUUACUGAAGGCUAUAAGCCUUAUAACCCUUGAAGCUGUCCCAGAAACUCCAGCGGGUGCAGAAUGCUGCAGCGAGGCUCCUCACAGGGUCUCUGCCAUGGUAGCAUAUUCACCCAGUGCUUUUCCAGCUGUACUGGCUCCCGGUGGAGUACAGGGUCAGAUUUAAGUGCUGCUUUUGACCUUUAAAGUCCUUCACGGCCUAGGACCCUCAUACCUACGGGACUGCCUCUCCUGGUAUGCCCCACGGAGGUCCUUAAGGUCCAUAUAUAGCAACACCCUAGAGGUCCCGGGCCCUAAGGAAGUUAGAUUAGCUUCAACCAGAGCCAGGGCCUUCUCAACACUGGCUCCGGCCUGGUGGAACGCUCUGUCUCAUGAGACCAGGGCCCUGCGGGAUCUGAUUUCUUUCUGCAGGGCCUGUAAGACAGAGUUGUUCCACCUGGCCUUUGGCUUAGAAUCAGUUUGAUUCCCUCCCCCUCUUUCUUUUUCCUUUCUCCUCCUAUGAAGAGACUGCAUCCUAAUGUUUUAAUGUUGUAUCUUAAUCUUUUAAAUUGUAUUUUAAUCAACUUGUUUUUAUUAUUGGUUGUUAGCCGCCCUGAGCCCGGUCUUGGCUGGGGAGGGCGGGGUAUAAAUAAUUUAUUAUUAUUAUUAUUAUUAUUAUUAUUCAUGGCAAAAUUCCUUCAUGUUUAAAGAGUAAAAAAUUUAAGUAGAUCUAACAUAAGGGAACAUGAAAUAAAGCAUAUCAGUUGUUUGUUUUUAAACCCAGACAGCAGCUUGCUACUCAUAAUGGUAUAAGAUAUAAAGUUCCCUAAAAUGUUGUUAGGAGACUAGCUCUGCCCCAGCUCCUGCCAACCUAGCAGUUCAAAAGCAUGCCAGUGCAGUAGAUAAAUAGGUACCGCUGUGGCGGGAAGGUAAACAGCAUUUCUGUGCACUCUGGUUACCGUCCUGUUGUGCUAGAAGUAGUUUAGUCAUGCUGGCCACAUGACCUGGAAAGCUGUCUGUGGACAAACACUGGUUCCCUCAGACUGAAAGCAAGAUGAGCACCACAACCCCAUAGUCGCCUUUGACUGGACUUAACUGUCCAGGGGUCCUUUACCUUUACCUUUUUUAUUACAACAUGGGCUCCCUCAUUAUGGGCAGUGGUGGUCUCUCAGGACAUUGUGGCGUCCUGAGAGACGGCAAAAUUUGAUUACCACCCCCCAUGGGUGUAGCCAGGAUUUUUGUUGGGGGGGCAGUCUUUUGUUAGGGGGGGCAGAACCUCAGAUUUGUAUUGGGUUUUUAUUAAGGGGGCAGCUGGCCCCCAGCCAUGCCCAUGCCCCCCCACUCCAGAUUUGCUUGGGGUUUACUCAUUUGCCUUUUCCUCAAGGCAGUGGGCAUAUACCCACUGCCUUGAGGAAAAGGCAAAUGAGUAAACCCCAAGCAAAUCUGGAGUGGAGUCCCUGAAACGGUUGAGUGGUGCCUAGUAUGCCUCCUUCCGGCAACGGCUGCAGCCAAGCUGGUGUCAAAUGUAUUGUUUUGCUUUCAUUUUGACCACAUCAGUGCAGCCUAGAGGAGGAUGGGUCUUGUCACUUGGGCAGCCCAGGGCCUCCAUACAUGCUGUUCUGGCUUGUGCCUUAGAGAGGACACAACACAGGAGGCAUCAGUUACAAGUUACCCGUGUCUGCAGCCGCAUAAGGCACUGUGAUUCUCCAGCGGUUUGACUUCAUAUCCAGAGGCACACUCCAUUGUCUCUCAAGACAGAUGGAUGCCAACAACAACCUAUUUUUAUUAUUAUUAUUUGUUUGUUGUUGUUGUUGUUGUUGUUGUUGUUGUUGUUGUUUUGCGCCCCUUGGCUCGGUGCCCUGUGUGGGGAAACUGCUCACACUGCCCUAGAUCUGGCACUACCUAUGGGUAUGAUUUCCCCUUUACUUAGAUGGUUGGCUUUAACCAGAGUUCAGCUUGAUAGGUGUGCAUUGACAUUAACCGUGUUGUCCCAAUAUUGGUUCUUAAGCAGGCUUUGCAAAGCUGCUUCAGAAAUUGCACUCACAAACUCUGGGGGGUUACAAGGACAAUAUUGGAUAGCACCACUGCAAAGUUAACCGUGUCCCUUCUCUAAAGCAUGCGCCCACACAGGGGUGGCCUGUCUCAUUUCACCACCUGAGGCAAAAUGGGAAGGUGCCACUUCUCCCUGCCCAAGCCUCACUUACCAGGGUUAUGCAGCAGGGUCUUCUGGUGAGAUCUGGCGAGAGUUCAGUGAGAUCUCACAAGAUCUUGUGGAAGCAGCAGCCACGCUGUGUGGCCCUGGCGGUGGCAGCAGUAGCAGGUAGGGUGCCCACGGAGGCACCACCCCAUUGGAUUCUGCCUCCCGACGUGGGAAGCUGGUCCUGAGUCCAGCAAACAUUCUUCAUUUCCUACCUAACUUUAAGAGACUGGGAAUAUGUUUGCUUUAGACCCCUGAGCUACAGGAUGUGCAUAGACAGGAGGCCUGGGCAGAGAAUUGUGCAGGAUUUUAUCUUUUUCCACCGGGAUUUGAGAAUACAGCAUAACAAAAGAAAUAGAAACCUGUCAGCUGAAAUCUGUUUUGUAGGUCACAGGCUUUUUCAGGCCCUUUAUAAGCCUACAAUGAACCUCGUACACUGAAGAUGCUUUCUCAUAAUACUUGCUAGUAUUAUUCCCUUUGUCUCAAGCAAUUAGCUGUGUCAGUGCAACUACUCCAUGCUUUACACAACUUAAUAAAACUUAAUAAAAGCGGUUUGCUGCUGGUGGCAAAGUCAUGCCUCAGCAUGACCACUGGAUGGCAGAAGCACACAAUUCUUUAAGCCACAUAAAGAUUGAAAGGAAAGAGCAAGUUUUGUGGCCACUUCUAACAUCUGCAGCUAUGGAAUCAGCAAAACAGAAUUAGACCGAUCCUCAAGCUAGUGAAUACAACAUUAAUGUUAUGAAGCUCAUAAUUAUUAUUGUAUGUCAGUGUUACUACUACAAAACUAGAUGCUACAAAAAAAAAAAGCUGCUAAAAAUUCUGUGCUCAGUGAAUAAAAUUAUCUCCCCCGCCCCUCAACAUUGUUCUCUCUUUAACAGCAACCUAACAGAGAAAUUUUCUGGGACGCGGAUGGCACUGUGUUCUAAACCACAGAGCCUAGGGCUUGCCGAUCAGAAGGUCAGCGGUUUGAAUCCCUGUGACGGGGUGAGCUCCUGUUGCUCGGUCCCUGCUGCUGCCAACCGAGCAGUUCGAAAGCACGUCAAAGUACAAGUAGAUAAAUAGGUACCGCUCCGGCGGGAAGGUAAAUGGCAUUUCUGUGUGCUGCUCUGGUUCACCAGAAGUGGCUUAGUCAUGCUGGCCACAUGACCUGGAAGCUGUACGCUGGCUCCCUCGGCCAGUAAAGCAAGAUGAGUGCCGCAACCCCAGAGUCGUCCGCGACUGGACCUAACGGUCAGGGGUCCCUUUACCUUUACUAACAGAGAAAUUUAGCAGGUGAAACAGAUAUAUAAAGUGAUGGGGAUGGGGUGGGGGGAAGAGAUUCACCUACUAAAGUUCAAGAUACAGAGCCAGUUUGACCAUGGGGCACACUAUGUGUCUGCCUAGGGAAGCUAAAUUUUUAGUGCAGCCACAUCUGAAGGGCAAUAAAAUUCAAAAGGCAUCAAACAAUGGUGCUGGUGGUGCAAGGAGGAGUCAGCAACGGCCAGUUCCAGCAGUCUGCAUUUUCCAGAAUGCAGAGUCAAUGACACCAUUCUAUCCCAAUGGAACAAAACCUCCUAAAUGGGUCUUUCUUAGAGACACAGUGGCGCCUGCUUCAGAGCUCCCCUGAGAGCCAAAGAGGCCUGCCGCAGUGGUGGUGAUGGAGCUGGUGUGGAACCGGUUACCAUUUUCCAACAUGCUGCCAUACCAAGAUAUUGUUGGGGCACAGCAGGGAGGCAAUGGUUUUGAUGGAAGUUGUACUCUGAAAUCUCUUGAAGGCAAGCUUCUUGGAAGUACCUGAGAAAUUCCUCUGAUAACAGCAACAAACCUCCAAGUAUCAACAUGAAGAAUCAUAAUGGGCAGCAAACUGAUUUCCUAAUCAGUUUCCCCCCCUCUCCUUUCUUGCAGAGGAAGCCUAUUCCCUUUUCCAGAUGAAGAAAGGAUGCUUAGGUUUGUCCCUCACAAGGGCACUCAGUGGAGAAGGUUUCGGCUGCAUGGAGCCUGAUCCUGCCUUUUUCUUGCUUGUGUGAAGCAUGGACAGCUCACUAGACUGGUUGUCUUGCAAAACCUCUGGAACUCAGUGAGACUUGCUUAUAUGUGCUUAGGCAGGUGCAGCCAGUGAUCACGGUCUGGUUAGUCUAGCAGACCUUUUGAGGGGCAGAGGAGACAGCUGUGAGCCACCCCUGCAGGAGAGGAGGCCAUCCCUCAUACAGGCUCUCUGUUUACACCAGGGCCAGCUACAGCUUCUCUCCCUUUGCUUCGGUGUUGGGAAUAUUGCGCAACACCCCCCCCCCUCAAGUUGCCACCAGUCUGCCUCGGUUUGUGUUUUUUUGGAGGGAGGGGGCAGACUCAGUACCUUUCUCUCAGUGCCAAUUACAAGUCAUCAAGAACGCAGUACCAGUAGCCAGCAUCUUGCAAACCCACACACAAUUAAGAAAAACGCUGUUUACUUACCCAGCCAACUUCUGUUUAAAUACACUGAAACGAACACUGGAGGGACUGUGAAGAAAUCUACCACCGAGUUUACUUCCAGCCAGAACCAUAGCUUGUCGUUGGCUGCUAUGAACUGGGGAGGGA